GGAAUCGUCUGUAGUCUUGUCUUGCACGACACUGGGUUUGAGGUCAAAUGGCUCUCAUUGAAGAAAAGAACGUGACGCACAUCGAGGAUGGACGCUCAUCUGUGGAGAAGGCUGGACUGGGCUCUCCAGUUGAUGAGAAGAGUCCAAACGUAGAAGUAUCGUCUGACGAGGUGUCUUUUGAUGCGAGAGACGGUGAUGAGGCGCUCGAGCUUGUGGGGAUGCGCCGGACCGCCCAGUUCAGCGAGGAAUAUAAUAAUAAACUGCGCAGGAAACUCGAUUAUACUAUUCCUCCGCUGUGUGCUGCGGUGUACUUCACGCAGUUUUUAGAUAAGAACUCACUGAACUACGCAAGUAUUAUGGGGUUGCCUAUCACUGGCCAGGAGUACAACCUUGUUGCAUUGGCUUUCUAUCUCGGCUUCUUGCUCUGGGAGUUCCCGACGGUCUACAUAUCGCAGAAACUGAGACUUGCGAAGUAUCUUGGCUGUAAUGUAGUGCUCUGGGGAGUGGUUUUGAUGCUCCAAGCGGUUCCUAAUACGUUCGGUCCGUUCUUUGCACUGCGUAUCCUUCUAGGAAUGCUUGAGAGUUGUGUCGCCCCAAUCCUUAUUCUUAUCAUUUCUAUGUUUUACAAGAAGAAUGAACAGACUCGGAGGAUAUCUUGGUUUUAUGUCAUGAACGGCCUCACAAACAUAUUCGGAGGCUUUGUUGCUUAUGGAAUCUCAUUCGACCAAACAAAAGGCUUCGCGCCAUAUAAGAUCCUUUUUCUCUUACUCGGAGCACUUGCUAUUGUCGUCGGCGUGGCUGUUUUAAUAUGGAUGCCCGACUCACCGGUACACGCGCCGAUGCUAACGCGUGAGGAGCGUAUUGCUGCGAUCGAACGGGUUCGAGACGAUCAAGGUGGAACUGAAAACAAGACCAUCAAGAAGGCACAGAUCAUUGAAGCAUUAUUGGAUAUUAGGACGUGGUUGAUUGUGAUUUCAACCCUCGUCACUAGUAUUCCGAACGGAGGUCUGAGCAACUUCAGCGCUAUUAUCGUCAAGAGUUUCGGAUAUACGUCUAGGCAAGCCCUGAUAUUAAGUGCGCCUGGAGGGGCAAUCGCAGCCUUUGCCACAUUAACGCUAGGCUGGUACUCGGAUAAGAGGAAUGAACGUAUGGUCCCCAUUGUGCUAUCAAUGAUUCCUACAAUCGUCGGUACGGCCAUGCUAGUUGGACUCAAUGAUUCAGACAAGAAGGGUGCUCUUCUAUUUGCUUCUUGGAUCGUCGGAUUCUACGGCUGCUCGCUUGCAAUACUAUACGCGUACAACGCGAGCAACACAAGUGGACAUACCAAGAAAGCCACUGUAAAUGCUAUGACGCUCGCGUCUUUCGCCCUAGGAAACGUCAUUGGAACAGAAACUUUCCUUCCAAAAGACGCACCCGAUUAUUUGCCCGGGAAAAUCUCGAUCCUCGUCUUGCUUGGUUCUCAAUUCAUUCUUUGCUUCAUCAUUCGCUUCAUCAAUUUGCGGCUCAACAAGAAGAAGCGAGCUCACAUCGCCGCAUUGAAAGAGCGAAACGGGUGGACAGACGAAGAUAUCCAGAGGGAACGCGAAAAGCAUGCGUUCUUGGAUCUAACGGAUAUUCAGAAUCCAUACUUCGUUUACACUGCUUAG